AUGUACUACAAAAUAGUUGCAAUUCUUCUCUUGGUAGUAAUUACCACCCAACCGUUGCAGUCCGCUCGAAUACUAUCGAUAUUUGGCCAUGAGGGUCCAUCACAAUAUAUUUUCGUUGAACCUCUACUCAAACGAUUAGCUGAGCGCGGACAUUUUGUUACAUCGAUAACAAAUUUUGAACAAAAUGUAAAAAACGAUCAUUUACGUUCAAUUUUUAUACGGGAAAAUAGACAUUUAUGUGAAGCCUUACAAAAUGCCACCAAUAAACAUUUUGACAUCGAACAUUUUAGUGUAAAUGGCAAAAUCUUCAGCAUUGCCUAUCAAAUUGCCGCAAAUAUCCUAAAGAAUCCCGAGGUGGUGAACAUGGUGCAGAAGGAGACAUUUGAUUUAAUUAUAUUGGAUGUUAUAUUUGCCGAAUCGCUGUAUGGUCUGUUGCAAUAUUUUGAUGCACCAAUUAUUGGUAUGUCGAUAUUUGGUUCCUCUGUUUCAAUUGAUGGCUUAAUGGGAAAUUCUUCACCACUCUCCUAUGUAAGCAGUCUGACAAUGACCCAUCGACAGGAUGAAAAUAUGAAUUUUUGGAAACGAUUUUUAAACACCAUGGAGUUUAUUUUAGGAUCCGUAUAUGUUCAUUAUGAAUAUAUGCCAGCAAAUAGGAGAUUUUACGAACGGCAAUUUCCGAAUGCAACCAAAACAAUUGAGGAUAUACAGAAAAAAUAUGCAAUGAUAUUUUUAAAUGACCAUCCCGUAAUAACUUCACCCCGACCAUAUGUUCCCAAUAUGAUUGAAGUUGCCGGAUUACAUAUACCUGAGAUACCAGAACCUUUAGCCGACCAUGUAUAUGGUAUACUUAAUAACACGCACGCUUUCAUAUAUAUUGCCAUAGGCAACCUAUUCCCCCAGAAUAUAAUGCCAGGCAUAUUGAAUCAAUUAGAACAACUUCCUUAUCCGAUUAUAUGGAAUGCAAAUAACUCUCCAUCGUCGGCCUUGCGGAUUCCAGCCAAUGUAAAAUUCUACACUAAUUUAUCCCAUUAUGCCCUGCUGGCCCAUCCCAACUGUAAAUUGCUAAUAUCGAGUGGCAAUUUUCUCAGUGUCAUUGAAAGCAUUCAUUUUGGUCUUCCCAUAUUGGGUCUGGCCUAUAGCUAUGGCAAUCCAGAGUAUGAUUACCGCUGCAAGCCGGCACUGAUAAUUAUGAUCAAUUCCAUAGUUUCGAAUUUCGAACAUGAUAAUCAUCAUCAUCACCACCAUAUCAGCGUUAUCUAUAAAAACAAAAACACAAAACUAUGUUACAACUACAACACUACUUAUUAA